GGACAAAUUGACCGCUUUCAUCGAGGAAGCUUUGAUGAAGACCCAAGCAAAACGAGGAAAUGCCAUGACGUGGACCACGGCGUUGGGUUUGACUCAAGAUGAGGCAGGUACGAUAUAUGAUUCGUGGGAAGACUUUUGUCAAGAGUUCCCCGACGGACUUCAUCGGAACGAGGCAGACGAUCAAUUGUUGUCACAGUACCACACGUGGACAGCGAAGGAGGUGAUCAUCACGGACGCGCUCCUGGAUUGGGUUAAAGAGUUCUACAACAAGAGAGAGGAGAACAAAAGGAUGGGACAAAAGAUGGCGGAUUUGGAGUUCGAAUUGGCAGGAAUCGGAGAACGAGGACGCGCUCACGAACAUGAAAUGAAGUCAAGAAGCGGGCAGUAG